AUGGACCAAUCUCCUAAAGCACUUCCCAAGGAUAAGAAGGAGAAAGAGCCUGUGGAGAAAGAACCCAUGUAUAGGGAGAGGGGCAUGAACCCCACAUCCGUGUCCCGGGGCUUCAGGACCAGAGAGGUCCGAAUUACCAAGAUCCCAAACCACUUCCAGGCAAAGAAGACAGAGAAUAUCCUGAUCUUGGUGGCCUUCUCCAUUGGACUUGGAAGUGUGUGGCGUUUCCCAUACCUAUGCCACCAGAAUGGAGGAGGCAGCUUUCUGCUGAUGUACCUCAUCCUGCUGCUGCUGGUGGGGAUCCCCCUGUUGUACAUGGAGAUGAUCAUUGGACAGUGGCUAAGGAAGGACAACAUCCAGGCCUGGAAGCAGCUGGCCCCCUGGCUAGGCGGUUUGGGCUACUCCAGCACACUGGCUUGUGUGCUGGUGAGCCUGUACAACAGCGCUCUGAUCUCCUGGAACGUCAUGUACCUGGGCCAGUCCUUUGAUUACCCUCCACCCUGGGAACAAUGCAAAAUGCAUUCCCGUGGCCAUGGGAACAUCAGUAUGACUAAGAUCCAGUGCCUUCGGACGGUGCCCUACCAGUAUUUCUGGUAUCACACAACCCUUGAUGCCUCCAGCCAGGUGGAAGAAGGGAUUGAGAUGCUGGUCCUGAACAUCACCCUUUGCCUCUUUGCUACCUGGGUCUUCCUCUAUAUCAUCCUGAUUAUUAGGAUGAGGAUCUCAGUGCUUGUAAGUGUCCCCAUGGCCUCCUUCCUGCUGAGCCUCAGGACCUUCAACUAUCCAGAGGACAGGUUCAUGUACACCCACCAGUGUCCCCAGUUAGUGUCCCAUGGAAGAGAGGCGAGUCCCUCUCUACCUCACUCCCCAGGCCUCCCAGGUUCGUUGCUCUGUCGGCCUCACCUCACCUGGGAACCCUCUCCUCCACAGCUCUCUAUCUUGUCAUCGCUGGACACAUGGCGUCAGGCUGGAGGCCAUGUGCUCUACUCCCUCGGCCUUGGCAUGGGCACCAUCAUCACUUUCUCUUCCUACCAGACUAGAGGUGACAACUACAUCAAGUUGGCCUUCUUUGUGGCCAUGGCCAACCUGGUGACGUCGUUGCUGAGCACGGCCAUCAUCUUUCUGGUGCUGGGCUUCUGGACCACAACCAGCGGGCCCAGCUGUGUUGAGAAGAGUGUCAACAAGCUGGUCGAUCUGAUAAUCAAAGGUGUGCUGUCCCAGGCUGCCUGGCCUCCCCAAGGCAUCAUUCAUAAACCUCCAGUAGAAUACAUGGACUGGAUCAGUCAGCUCCCCAGUCAGCUCCAGGCGGAUGUGGUCCGUUUCUCCCCACCCUGCAGCAUCCUGGUACAGAAGGAAAAGUUCAUGGAGGGCCCUGGCCUGGCAUACGUGGCCUUCUCUCAAGUCAUCUCGCUGUUUCCUGGCUCCUCUUUCUGGGCCAUCAUCUUUUUCAUUGCCCUUGUCAUCAUGGGUCUGGCCACACUGACAACGCUCCUGGAGAGUAUUGUGCUUCCUCUGCAGAGAAACAUCCCAACCUUUGAGAAGUAUCCCAAGCUGAUACCAGUGACUGUCUGCUUGGGAGGACUUCUGGGCAGCCUUGUCCUCUCCAGUCGUGCCGGCAGCUACGUGGUGUUCUUGUUUGAUGACCACCUGGUCCCUAUGGUCCUCGUUGUUAUUGUGGUGCUCCAGAACCUUUCUCUGGCUUUUGUCUAUGGAAUCAGGAGGUUCAGGGCUGAGAUGUUCUACCAGCUGGGCCGCCUGGUGUGGGCACCCUUCACCUUCUUGUGGACUUAUGUGACCCUGCCCGCUCUGCUGGUGCUGCUUGCCAUCUACUUCCUGAAUCUCUACCACAGGAAAACCCUCUACUACAUCUCCUGGAAUGACAGUAUGAGCCAGGAAGUGAAGCAGCCUUACCAGAAGAUAGUGCUGGGCUGGAUCACCUUCCUCAGCGUCCUGGCUCUGCUGCCCAUCCCUGUGUAUCCGCUGCAGCACUGGUGGAACCAGGAUGACCAGGUCGUCUGUGAGGUCUUUCAAAAGCCUUCAUCCUCCAAAAGGACAGAAAUGCGAUCCAACAAGGUCAGCCAGCGGCCUGCAUACGCGCUAAGAAGACUCACAGUCAGAGGCCAGGACAAAGGUGGCCAGGUUCCACUCCCAACCAAGAACCCCACAGAUGACAUCCCCCUUCAACCCCUAAACCUGUUGACAAGAAGUGACAGUGAAAUUUUCUCCAGUUUCAGCCUUCGAGGUGACUCCACUGUCCCCAACAAUCCUGAGGCACCAAAGCCCACUGUCCUCCCAGCAGGUGGCCACAGCACUGGACAGAAAGAACUGGCAUAAGGCUUCUGAAGUGGCCAUGUUAUAUGUUUUUAGUCUCUGGUGAUGCACAUCAAGCCAGUCCCCGCCCCACAGAAAGCAGAAGACAGGUAUGUGGAAACCCAGUGGGAACUUCUAUGAGAGGCCUCACUGGGGUUCAGCUGGACAC